GACGUGACAGUUUUACCUCGACAGCAGGUGAGGUCAAAUGCAGAAAGAAAGAGAGCGGAAGAGGCGUUUGCUGACAGGUGGAGAGAAAAUAUCUGAUCUUUUAUUAGCUUUAUCGGAAUAAAUGGACGAGGGCAACACGGCGUUGGUGGAAAGCCUCAUUAUAUGGCUGCAGACUUUCAACACCUCCGCACCAUGCAGCACAGCAGAGGACCUGACCACUGGAGCCGCCAUAUCGCAGGCCCUGCAUCAAAUAGACCCGUCGUGGUUCACUGAUACUUGGCUCACUCGCAUCAAAACAGACGUAGAGGACAACUGGAGACUGAAGCUCAACAACCUGAAGAAGAUCCUGCAGAUGGUGCUGGAGUACUACAACGAGGUGUUGGUGCAGGGCCUCACUGACUUCCCCCUGCCAGACGUGGCCCUAGUGGCAGAGCAUUCAGUCCCAGUUGAGCUGGGGAGGUUGUUGCAGCUCGUCCUGGGUUGUGCCGUCAAAUGUGAACACAAACAAGAGUACAUUCAAAUCAUCAUGACGCUGGAGGAGUCCGUGCAGCACGUUGUUAUGGCGGCCAUCCAGGAGCUCCUGAAUAAAGAGACCACCACCCCCUUUGGAGCAGAGCUGUCAGGGGACCUGGAUCAGCAGCUCAGAAAGGCUUUGGAAGAAGUGUCUGAACUUUCAGCAGAAAAGGAAGCACUUUCCCAGCGCUGCCAGGAGUUAGACCAACAGGUGGCCAUCUUGCAAGAAGAGCAAAACAGUCUGUUGGUGGAGAACGACGUCCUGACCGACCGAGCUAAUCAGUUGGAUACCUUUGAUGACCCGAACACACCCCUGGGAAGGAAGCAUAGCCAGUUACAGCAGCAGCUUGAGGCGCUGCAGGAGGAGAACUUCCGGCUUGAAGCAGCCAAAGACGACUACAGGAUCCACUGUGAAGAGCUAGAAAAGGAGCUGGUUGAGAUCCAGCAUCGCACCGACGAGCUCACCAGCCUGGCGGAGGAAUCCCAAGCGCUCAAAGAUGAGCUGGAUGUCCUGAGGAUCUGUUCGGAUCGGGUGGUGAUGCUGGAGGCUUCGGUGGAAACAUACAAGCGAAAGCUGGAGAACCUGGGGGACCUGAAAAGGCAAAUGAAACUGCUGGAGGAGAAUAACACCAUCUACAUGCAGAACACCGUCAGCUUGGAGGAAGAACUGCGCAAGGCAAACGCCGCCCGCACACAGCUGGAGACGUACAAGCGGCAGGUGCAAGAGCUGCAUCGGAAGCUGUCUGAGGAGACAAGGCGGGCAGACAACCAGGCCUUCGAGAUGAAGAAGUUGGAGGAGAAGCAUGAGCUGGUGAUGAAGGAGAAAGAGCGAAUCAUCAUCGAAAGAGAUUCUCUGAAGGAGAUCAAUGAGGAGCUUCGAUGCACCCAAGUCCAGCAGCACCAACUCUCCCAAGCAGGCAUGCUUCCAUCCAGCAGCCCCAGCCACGACAACCUGGCAGCAGAGUUGAUCCCCAUCGAGCACAGAGAGAAGUUCAUCAGGCUUCAGCAUGAGAACAAGAUGCUGAGAGUGCAGCAAGAAGAGUUUGAAAGAGAAAAGAUUGCCUCUCUGCAGGUUCAGCUGGAGGAAGCUCACAAGAGCCGUAGUGAACAGGACACAGAGAACAGGUUGAGUCGAGAGCGUAUCGGUGAGCUGCAGCAGCAGGUUGAGGACCUCCAGAAGGCCCUGCAGGGUCAGGCGGUCAAGCCCGAUGAUUCCAACCUGAAGCGGAAGCUUGAUGCUCACAUGGUCCAACUCAACGAGGCUCAGGACGAAAUAAUGAAGAAGAAAGAGCUGCUGGAAGACCUGCAGCCCGACAACACUCAAACAUCACUGAAGCUGGACGAGCUCAUGGCCGCGCUGAAGAAGAAGGACGACGACAUGAGGGCCAUGGAGGAGAGGUACAAAAUGUACCUGGAGAAAGCUCGCAGCGUUAUCCGGGCACUCGAUCCAAAACUGAAUCCUGCCACCGCUGAGAUCCAGGCACUAAAGAACCAGCUGGCAGACCGAGACAAGCAGGUUCUCAACCUGGAGCGUCAAUGUGAGCAGGCCCGACUCCGAGAGUACGAGGAGAAGCUGAUAGUCUCGGCCUGGUACAACAAGAACCGCGCUGUCUCCUCAGAGUCUGAACUUUCAGAAGCUGGCCAUCGAGUCGCGUCUCGGAGGCCGCAGCGCCUCCCCGCUGUCCCCCGGUCAGUCCUUCUUGUCUCAACAGCGGCAGGUUUCCAACGCCCCUCGCCGGGCGCUCUCCAUCAGUGUGCCGAGUGCCACCUCCAAGUAGAGCUGCUCAGAGCCACGUGCCUCGCCUUAGUUUAGUUCACGGACCGAUCCACCCUCAAGUGGCCUUAAACGCAUCACACCGCCCAGGGUGUUCAAGGAUGAGGCGGUUGAGACUGAGUAGUUGGAACACAUAAGUUCACUUGGCUGAUCUGACAUCAGGAAUCUUUCACAUGCUGCCAGCGAACUGAACUCAACUUCGUAAAUCCUGUCAAGUUCACAAAAUGUGAUUUGAAUCAUGUGUACGACUUACGAUCAUGGAAGGUUUGAUAGAUUGGGUGCAGGACACCAGCCAGUAAAGCAGAACUCAUGAAGAGAAGCUGUAAAAGUCUAAGGCUGUCUCUCAAAUGGAAUACAAGUUCCUAGAAUGCGUACUUUGACGGCAGUGCUGUCCAAAAUCCAUUACACUGACAGGAAAAUAAUUAGCAUCUUCUCACCUUGUUAAUUGCAAGCUAUUGAGUUAGUCCCGCCCCUUCACCUAUGCAGCCAAAACGGCAGAUAUUGGAGGUUGGUAAGCAUUCAUUACUGCAUUUUCCUGUACUUCUUUACAGUGAAUGCACUCAAAAUUUCCAGCGCACGUAUGGAAGUGUGUACAUUUUGAAACAUGGUCUAAUGACAAACAACUCUAAACGCAAGAACUUCACUCUCAAACACUUUUUACAUCCAUUAGUGUAUUAGUGGCAGUUGCACUGGUACAUAUGUCCAUGUUUUCCACACAAGUUUUUAAUCCAAACGUCCCAUGCAGGUGAAGCUAAUCUGUAUAUUUUUGUCAGAAUUACAGGUAAUGUGAUGUUAUUCUUCUAACGUUUGUUCAAUCGCUUUAAUUAAAACACCCAUUGGGCACCAUCUGUCAGAUGUUCAUAAUCAGCUUAAUGUGUAUUGUUUGCUAAAACUCUUCUUUGCAGUGUACUAGAAGGCAUUUAUAUAAUGAUUAUCUACUAUUAUGAUCAGGUAACGCAGCACUAUAUGUAAUGGGGAAAAAACAAAUGUUAUGAAAUUUUAUAUUUUACAGCAAAAUUACAAAUAAAUAUCUUUUUUCCUGAA